AUGGCGCCGCUCUCAGAUGCUCCAUCACGCACUACCAGCGAGGAAUCCUUGUACGGCAAGAUGCCCUAUGAGGCCCGGCUACCCAACAAGAUGCAGCACUCACCUCAGAAGCAACCUGACAAGCCUCCGGUCACAGAGGACUCUCUGUGGGGCAUGCCAGCUGAACUCCACCGCAACAUCACGGCUGACGUUGGGUAG